GUGGAGCCCAUUGGUGAAGCACUGCUUAGCUGGCUCCAACCUCUUUUUAUGGACCUUGUCUGCCUCACUCCCUUCUUCCCAAUUCCCAUUUUUGUUUUAUUUUACAAACAAACAACAAUUAAGUAAGUAAAACCUUUUUCUUUUCAUUUCACUCUAAAAAAGUCUUCAAUUUUUCUUCUUCUUCCUCAGAUCUAAUCAUUCUCCUCCGAUCAUCACUUUUCUCCAUCUGGGCCAUCUAAUAAAUACUUUAAUCCUUUGUUUGUGGCGGAUCAUCAUCAUUGGCAGCAUCAUCAUUGUUGUUGUGGUAACUGGUGACUUGUUGUGAGGAGAGUGUAGUACUGUAUCUAUAUAGUAUAUAUUGAGUGAAAAUUGUGAGGGGUGAAACUGUGUUUUGUGGUAUUUUAUAGAUUAUAUUAGAUGUGGAAAUCUUUGAUGGUUGUUUGGUGAAAUGAGGGAUGUUAUCGGAGUUAGUGAACUUUUUGAAGGCCUGCUUUCGGCCGAGUACUGAUGGGUAUGCACGAACAGCAUCAGAUGCCGGAGGUAAACAGGAUGGACUAUUGUGGUACAAAGACUUGGGGCAGCACUUGUGCGGUGAAUUUUCGAUGGCUGUAGUUCAAGCCAAUAACUUGCUGGAGGAUCAGAGUCAGAUUGAAUCUGGUAGUUUGAGCUUGACCGAGUCUGGCCCUUGUGGAACAUUUGUUGGUAUCUAUGAUGGACAUGGAGGGCCUGAGACAUCACGGUUUAUCAACAAUCAUCUAUUUCAACAUCUCAAGAGAUUUACUUCCGAGCAACAAUCAAUGUCAGUGGAUGUAAUUCGCAAGGCAAUCCAAGCAACAGAAGAGGGGUUUAUGUCGCUGGUUUCACAACUGUGGUCAAUUUCACCACAAAUUGCAGCAGUUGGAUCGUGCUGUCUUGUUGGUGUUAUUUGUAAUGGAACCCUUUAUAUAGCAAACCUCGGUGAUUCUAGGGCUGUUUUGGGAAGAGUAGUCAAGGCAACUGGUGAGGUUUUAGCCAUGCAAUUAUCAACGGAGCACAAUGCAUCAAUAGAGUCCGUAAGACAGGAGCUUCAUUCUAUGCACCCCGAUGAUUCAAAUAUCGUUGUUUUGAAGCAUAACGUAUGGCGUGUGAAGGGGAUUAUACAAAUUUCUAGAUGUAUUGGUGAUGUGUAUUUGAAAAAAGCUGAAUUCAACAGAGAACCAUUAUAUGCCAAGUUUCGACUUAACGAGCCUUUCAAGAAGCCAAUACUGAGCUCAGAACCAUCAAUAUUAGUGCACCCAUUGCAACCUCAUGAUCAAUUCAUUAUAUUCGCAUCUGAUGGGCUCUGGGAGCACUUCAGCAAUCAAGAAGCAGUUGAUAUAGUUCAAAAGAAUCCUCGCGCUGGAAUUGCAAGGAGGAUGGUGAAAACUGCGCUUAAAGCAGCGGCAAAGAAGAGAGAAAUGAGAUAUUCAGAUUUAAACAAAAUUGAUCGUGGAGUUCGGCGGCAUUUCCAUGAUGAUAUAACUGUGAUUGUUGUGUAUCUCGAUUCAAAUCUGAUGAGUAGGGCAAGCACCGUGAAGUUCCCUAGUAUUUCUGUUAGAGGUGGUGGUGUUAACAUUCCUCAAAACACAUUGGCACCUUGUACUACUACAACAAAUAAUGGUGGUACUUAAUCAUGUUUAAUUUAAUUGGAUCUAUACUAGUUAGUAGGAUUUAUUUAGAGUAUCAUGAAAUAUAAUUUAAAUUGCGCUCAUAUCUUUUGAAGGCAUAACAAAUUGAACCAUCUUUAACAAUCUAUCUGAAAGAAACAUGGAUUUUGGUUUGUUUCAA